CUUCCCUCUUGCGAUCAACUUCUUAAACACCUAACCUAUAAUUCCAUUAAAACAAGCUGGCAAUUUUUUUGACUUGAGUUCGUUGUCACAUUUCUGUGGGGCCAAUUAUGUAUUACUCGUGCACUCACUGUAGUUGUCUCGCCAUGCUGCACUAUUUGCAUAUACUGGCCACUCAUCCCAGAGUAGCAUCUGCUCCAUUGCACACUGUUUGAGGAGUAUCUGUAACAUUUGCACAACCAACAUUGUCCCAGAUUAUCGCACUACUCGUCACUUUAAACCGCAUACACUCCUUGAAGUCUCAGCGCCCCUUGCACAAUGGUCAUUGCAGCGGUCUAUUGCAAUAUUAGUCAUUCGAACUGCUCUAAGUGCUAGAGGACUCUGCAUCUUUUUGCACAAUUGUUUUUUGUCAAUGUCGCUGUCUCCAAAGUGUUCUGUAAAUUGACUGUCUGUUGUACUAGAGCGGCUCCAACUACCGGAGACAAAUUCCUUGUGUGUUUUGGACAUACUUGGCAAAUAAAGAUGAUUCUGAUUCUGUGCCCUGCGACUGGCUUGCAACCAGUUCAGGGUGUACCCCGCCUCCUGCCCGAUGAUAGCUGCGAUAGGCUCCAGCACGCCCGUGACCCUUAUGAGGAUAACCGGCUCAGAAAAUGGACGAAUGGACGAAUUCGCUGUACAGGGUCUUUAAUUUCACUUAAAUCACAAUACCAGCCCAAGACAAAAUCACUACAAAGAAAAAAAAAAAAAAAAAGAGUACUCACUACAGGAAAUUAUAUGACCUGUGUUUUCACAGAAAUGAAAAGACUAUAAUUGAAAUAUGCUCAUGCACUUGAAAGUUUCAAGUAAGGCUUGUUAGCUUGUCCGACUGGCACCGUACACGUCAGUUUGCAGGACAGCAAUCAUGUAACAAAACCAUGCAAAUGAGAGAAUAAACAUAUUUAAAUGAUCAACUAUUUAAACAGAUAUUAAUAUCAACUAUAAUACAGAUUGAGUCAUAAAAGAUGCUGUUUUGGGAAUGAGAAAAAUCUGGAAUGCAGGACUGGCAGAAGUCAAAACGGAAAAUUUUUUUUUUUGCUUUGUUAUUCCAGAUUUUGUUUCCAAUUCCUGCAGCCCACACCUAGAUCACUGGGCCAAGAUUAUGUACUUUGUGUGUGUGUGUGUCUGUGUGCAUGUGUGCAUGCUCAUGCGUGUGUGUGUGUGUGUGUGCGUGCGUGUGUGGGAAAGAAGUGAGAAAAAUAUGACGCAGCAGGGGGUUAAUGUUCUCUCCACUCCAUGUCUCCAUGAAUCAUAUGGGCAUGUAUGUAAUUGUGUGUCACUGGGCAUGUCAAACAAAAUUCUUGGGCACCCUGCCAAUAUUAAUAAAUUACAUUACUAUCUAACCUCCUCAUCUUCCUCACGACACACAUCUAAAAGCAGUGGUGCAGUAAUUUCCCUGCUGAGAGAAAGUGGGAUAGUUUGAGAGUGCGGUGUGGGGAGGUCGGUUUAGACAGAGGGGGAGAUUGGUCGGGUGGGUAGGUGAGACUUGGUGUCGUUGCAGUAAAAAGCCAGCUGCAGCGCCAUGACAAGGACUGAGUGAAGGAGAGGUGAAUGAAUGUCGACAUUGUUAAAAUGCAGUGAAGACAAUAACAUAGGAAAUAACCAUUAUAGGAAGACUGGGUUGAAUAAGAGGUCAAUUGUAUACCACCUUUUAUUAUUUCUGAUAGAUGUAGUAAUCAUUGGUUUCAUGUUAGUACAUUAAAGGGUUUUCACCCUGCACAUCAUGUGCGACCAUAUCAAUAACAGACACUUUAUCAGAGAACAAGAGGAGGGAGGGAGCGUGGGUCGAGCAAAGGAGAGCGAGAGGGGCUGUCGUAAAUUAUAGCACAUCAUCGGCGAGAUGGGAGAGAAAGUUGUGAUAAGAAUUGCUUUGUUUUUACCCUGCUAGAAGCCCGUGGCAUCCUUAUUCUAUCAGAAAGGGCAUAAAGGGCUGCUGUUGGUCCGGAAGUACUGGAAGGAUGGAGUGGAAUGAGGUGGAUUUGGUGCAGGAAUUUACCGUUGAAGGACAAUGCAGCAAAAUUAAAGUCCGCUCCUGCAGGAUCACAUGGGACAGCCUGCAGGUUCCCCGUGUGGAGCUAACCCUCUCUGAGCUCCAGGAAAUGGCUACAAGACAACAACAACAAAUAGACGCUCAACAACAGAUGUUGGUUGCCAAGGAGCAAAGGCUGAGGUAUCUUCACCAAGGAGGCAGAUCCAAUCAAGGACAGACACAGUCUGAAUUUGAGAAGUUGCAGCGGCUGAAGGAACGAGUGGAGACUCAGGAGGCAAAGCUGAAGAAGAUUCGAGCCAUGAGAGGACAGGUGGACUACAGUAAACUGAUCAAUGGGAACCUCUCUGCAGAGAUUGACCAUGUUAGCAGCCUGUUUCAGGAGAAGCAGGCUGAGCUGCAGUCUGCUGUGACCCGAGUCGACCAGCUGACCCAACAGCUGGAGGAUCUAAGGAAAGGACGCCUUCAGCUACAUUCUGUUGCAUCACAGCAGGGGGCACCCAACAGACCCCAGGGUGCACCCACUGGAAUGAAAGCAUCUCCACUCUCUGGUCCUGCUGCCUUAGAACUCAGGAAACUCUACCAAGAGCUGCAGGCUCGCAACCAUCACAACCUGGAACAGAGUAGCAAGUUAGCACACAACAAGGAGCUGCUGAACAAGAGGAAUGCUCAGGUGACAGUGAUGGAUCAACGCAUUGGAGACCUUAGGGAGCGACUGCACAAGAAGAGAGCAGAAUUGAGCCGCAUGAAUGGAGGAGGCCCGCCUUCUCCUCAGAGCUCUACUCGUCCAAAUGGUGGCGUCUCAGGCCGAGUGGCAGCCGUCUGCCCCUACAUCCAAGCUCCAGCUGAAGGGGGACAGGAAGCAGGGUACAACAUGUCACCUGACACAUCCCCCAAACCCUCACAAAUCAGUCACAUCCGCUCCUUAUCAGACGAGGACAAGAGUGGCAUCAGGAAGCCUCCCAGCCAAUGGAAAGUGUCAGAUUUAGACAUCAUCCUUUCAGAGCCAAAUGACUUAUGUGAGGGCCCUCAGUCUCGUCAGGGGGAAAAGAGUAACAACACCAGUGAAGCACCCUGGUCUACCAUUGGUAAAAAUGUGUCAAAUUUGAAGACCAACGAUCCAGAACAGCAUCUUCCUUCUGGUUAUGACACCUACCCCAGCACCACACACCAAGCAGCAGGGAAUCACUGCUCCACCAGCUCCCUGCCUCGAUCUGCUCCUGGCACAUUGGGCUGGCUCAGAUCUAGCACUGCAAAUGCCACCUCGUCUUGUUCGACAUCCUCCUCCUCCUCUUCACAGCAAAUUCAACAGCGCAUUGCUGUCCCUCCAAAUUCAAACCAAGGCUCAGACAAUGGCUCCCAGUCUUCGUCCUUGCCACCGCAGAGUGAACGAGCAGAUCCCCCUCCAGCAGUGGCUGUACGUCCUUACGUUCCUGAUCAUCCAUCCAGGCCCCAGUCUCCUAGAAAGGGGCCUGCUACAAUGAAUAGCAGCUCCAUCUACAGCAUGUAUCUCCAGCAGCCUCAGGCUAAGAACUAUGGCUCACUCAGCAACAGGACUACUGUUAAAGCAGUCUAUGGGAAACCCAUUCUGCCCACCUCCUCCACAUCUCCAUCCCCUCUUCCUUUUCUCCACGGAGGAGGAAUAAGGAUAGGAGAAGACCUGACAGACAAGGAAGGACUAAAAGGUGUUGGGGGAGGAGAGACCAACGAUGGGCAAAUCUUACCUACUUCGAGCGUGGAAAACAUCCCUCGUCCUCUGAGCCCUACUAAGCUCACUCCAGUUGCUCACUCUCAACUACGCUACCAAAACGAUGCUGACCUGGAAGUCCUCCGCCGUCGUCUCAGCAAUGCCCCACGACCCCUGAAGAAGCGAAGUUCGAUUACUGAACCUGAGGGCCCACAGGGGCCAAACAUUCAAAAAUUACUAUACCAGAGGUUUAACACUUUAGCUGGCGGCAUGGAAGGAGUGUCAGGCAAUACUUUCUACCAGCCUGAAUGCCUUUUGGGUGACAUGGACAACAUACAUUCAGCCGAGGGGAAUGUUGAACCUGGUGACAAGCAUGCCAGCUUGGCAACAGAGGAUGUGGAAGUUCAAAACUUAAACUUGGACUGCCUCCGCUUGUCACCUGCCGCUCCCACUGAGACGCCCACAACAGAAGAAAUGACCAAGAAUGGGUCUCCAUCCCCACAAACCAACCUUCCCUCAACACCUGACGGGUCCGAACAUCAGAAUAAUAACAAUCAAAGCAGUUGUAGUUCGGCCGAGAGCAUGACAAAUCAGGCCUCCCCUUCACCAUCACCACCUGCCCCACCUUCAAAGCCAAAGGUUAAGCGAACCAACUUGAAAAAGCCAACAUCAGAGCGGACAGGCCAUGGGCUACGAGUCAAGUUUAACCCUCUUGCUUUGCUGCUUGAUGCAUCAUUAGAGGGAGAGUUUGAUCUGGUGCAGAGAAUUAUAUAUGAGGUGGAAAAUCCCAGUAUGCCAAAUGAUGAAGGCAUUACUCCACUUCACAAUGCUGUCUGUGCUGGCCACCACCACAUUGUGAAGUUUCUGUUGGACUUCGGAGUGAAUGUCAAUGCAGCAGACAGUGAUGGAUGGACGCCGCUGCACUGUGCCGCUUCAUGUAACAGUGUCCACCUCUGUAAGAUGCUGGUAGAAUCAGGGGCAGCCAUUUUUGCCCAAACAAUCAGUGAUGUUGAAACAGCAGCAGACAAAUGUGAAGAAAUGGAGGAAGGCUACAGUCAGUGUUCUCAGUUCCUCUAUGGUGUACAGGAGAAAUUGGGUGUGAUGAACAAAGGUUUGGUCUAUGCGCUCUGGGACUACACAGCCCAGCAAUCUGAUGAGCUUUCCUUCAGCGAGGGGGACGCACUCACCAUCCUGCGACGCCGUGACGACACCGAGACAGAGUGGUGGUGGGCUCGACUCAAUGAUCGUGAGGGAUAUGUUCCCAGGAACUUGCUGGGGCUGUAUCCAAGGAUCAAACCGAGACAACGCUCACUGGCCUAGCCCACACCAGCAGUAUCGGGCAUAAUCAUAGGCAGGCAGAGAAGGAGAGAAGCAGCGUACGGUGGAUGGAAUGUGGCGUGAACCCGGAUGCUCAAUGAAAGAAGAGGGAAGGAACUUACUAUUCAAACAAAUAUUAUUUCAAAUGCUGCACUCCCGCAAUUCUAACCACUUAGCAUAUGGAAUAAUUGUCCACAAAAUUAGCAAAAAAUAAAUGAAAAGGGUUCAGUGACAUGAGCGUUUCAGUUUAGAUGAAAAAAAGUUCCACAUCUGUUCCUCAACACCGCAUGGUCUUAAAAUUAUUGGAUGCUGUUUCUUCGUAGAGAGUCAAUAUUUUGUCAUUUUAAAUCGACUUUAUUUUUGUAUGGUUUUAAUCUGCUCAGAAAUAUAAACAUCCAGGUGGCUUCUCUCAUUAUAAUCUCAUAACAGUAUGUUAUUGUAUGGUAUGUGACCUUUAAAUUUACAUGUAAUGGCAAAUGUACGACGGAAAGUUGGCGUGACAAGCAAGCUGUGGAUGCGAUAAGUGCGAAUGUGAAGGGAGGGAGAAUACAAAUACAGUUUUUGAUCGGGUUCGUGAAAGUGACACAUUGUUGGUUCUGAGGUUGUUGAUGGCGUGAAAAAAAAAAAGUCUUCUCAUUCAAGCAUGCACUGACGUUCACUAUGUUAUGUAAUAUCGUAGCAUGGAAAAAGGCGUGAGACAAGUUUUGUUAACUUGCAGUAUAUCUGCCCCUGAACUUUGCAAACACUGCUGAAGAACUGAAGAAAAAUAAGAAUGUGCUUGACGGUGUUUAUAAGAGGAGUAGGAUACAUUUGUAAAACCAAAGUACUUUUUGAUAGUUUGGAGUCGGAGUCAUUUAUUCAUACAGAUCCAUUUGUUUCUCUUUAAAAUAAAAUAUUUAACAAAUUC